GCCGCCGGGAAGGUCGCGCUGAGCCAUGUGGGGCCGGUUCGGCGCUGCGGGGCGGCGGCUGGCGCUGCUGAGCCUCGCCCGUAUACGUAGUUCCAGAUCGUUCAUUCCAAGUUCAUGGAGAUGGAAGGGCAGUUCCGCUAAUGAAAGAGCCUUGCAAUACAAGACCGGAGAUCAUAUCCAUGGUUUCACAGUGGACCAGGUGACGCCUGUACCCGAGUUUUCCCUAACGGCCGUUAACCUCAGCCAUGAUACAACAGGAGCCAAAUAUUUGCACGUGGCCCGAGAGGAUUCCAAUAAUCUAUUCAGCGUCCAAUUCCGUACCACCCCCAUGGACAGUACGGGCGUCCCCCACAUCCUCGAACACACCGUGCUUUGCGGUUCGCAAAAGUAUCCCGUCAGAGAUCCCUUUUUCAAAAUGCUGAACAGGUCACUCUCCACGUUCAUGAAUGCAUUUACAGCAAGCGACUACACUCUCUACCCAUUCUCAACGCAAAAUACCAAGGAUUUUCAGAAUCUUCUGUCUGUGUACCUGGAUGCUGUGUUUUUUCCUUGUUUGAGACAUCUAGAUUUUUGGCAGGAAGGUUGGAGGUUAGAACAUGAGAAUCCGACAGACCCUCAGACACCGCUGGUCUUCAAAGGAAUUGUUUUUAACGAAAUGAAGGGAGCAUUUACAGACAAUGAGAGACUUUUCUCUCAGCACCUUCAGAACAAGAUUCUCCCUGAUCACACGUAUGCCGUUGUAUCCGGUGGUGACCCGCUGAAGAUCCCUGAUCUUUCCUGGGAGCAGCUGAAGCAAUUCCACGCCACUCAUUACCAUCCCAGCAAUGCAAGGUUCUUUACUUAUGGGAACUUCCCCCUAGAGCAACACUUGAAGCAAAUCCACGACGAAGCACUGAGUCGGUUCCAGAAAUUGGAACCCAACACUGCUGUCCCACGACAAAAACUCUGGGAUAAGCCUAGGGAACACCAUGUGACGUGCGGUACGGAUUCAUUCACUACGGACCCCAAGAAGCAGACGAUGGUCAGCGUCAGCUACCUCCUGUCAGAUAUUACAGAUAGCUUUGAAAACUUCACGCUGAACCUGCUGUCUUCUCUCUUGGUCGGUGGCCCGAAUUCUCCCUUUUAUAAAUCUUUAAUCGAGGCUGGUCUGGGGACAGAUUUUUCACCCGACGUUGGGUUUAAUGGCUCGACGCGCGAAGCUUAUUUCAGCGUAGGCCUUCAAGGGAUUGCUGAGGAAAACAUUGACGCCGUCAAGCAAAUUAUCACUCGAACAAUUGACGAAGUCAUUGAGAAUGGCUUUGAGGACGAAAGGAUUGAAGCCUUACUUCACAAAAUUGAAAUCCAGAUGAAGCAUCAGUCGACCAGCUUUGGACUGGCCUUAACUUCAUAUAUCGCCUCCUGCUGGAACCACGAAGGCGACCCCGUCGACCUCUUGAAGGUUGCUGAGAAAGUGGCUCGGUUCAGGCGGUGCCGGGAGGAGGAUCCCCAGUUCCUGCAGAAGAAGGUCAAGCAGUACUUCAAGGAUAACCGCCACAGACUGCUGCUCUCCAUGAGUCCCGACGCGGCUUUCUAUGACAAGCAAGCGGUGACGGAAGCGGCAAAGCUGAAAGAGAAAGUGGAGGCUCUUUCCGAAGAAGAGAAGAAGCAGACGUUUGAGAAAGGUUUGGAAUUGCUGGGCCUGCAGAGCCAGCCUCAAGACACGUCCUGCCUCCCAGCCUUGCAGAUUUCAGAUAUUGAGCCCAGGAUUACGUUUACUGAGCUGGAGACGGCGCUUACAGCUGAGGAUGUUCCCGUCCAGUACUGUGCGCAGCCCACCAAUGGCAUGGUGUAUUUCCGAGCUGUUUCCAGCCUCAACACCCUCCCGGAAGAGCUCCGUCCUUACGUUCCCCUCUUCUGCAAUGUCAUCACCAAAAUGGGUUGCGGGGCUCUCAGUUACAGAGAGCAGGCUCAAGAAAUAGAUCUGAAAACGGGCGGCCUUUCUGUCGGCCCUCAUAUCACUGCGGACGACUCCCAUCUAGACAUCUAUGAACAAGGUGUAGUCUUCACCUCUCUGUGCCUGGAUAGGAAUCUACCUGACAUGAUGCACAUCUGGAGCGAAAUAUUCAACAACCCCCAUUUUGAAGAGGAGGAACAUUUCAAAGUCCUGGUGAAGAUGACGGCUCAAGAGUUGUCGAACGCAAUUCCCGACUCUGGGCACCUGUACGCCUCGAUUAGAGCCAGCAGAACCCUGACCCCAGCAGGAGAAUUGCAAGAACUGUUCAAUGGCAUGGAGCAGGUGAAAUUGAUGAAGCGCAUUGCUGAAAUGUCCGAUAUCAGGCCCGUGCUCCGCAAAUUGCCGCGCAUCAAGAAACACCUCUUAAAUAGCGACAACUUGCGCUGUUCGGUGAAUGCCACGCCUCAGCAGAUGCCGAAUGCUGUGAAAGCCAUCGAAACAUUUACAAAGGGCCUGGCCAGGAGCAAAAAGGAACGGAAGCCCGUUCGUCCGCAUGUGAUCGAGAAACCUUCGGACGCUAAAGCUGCUGGCAGUGAGGCUCUCGCCUGCUCCCUGAUCACGAGGAAGCUCAUCACGGAUCCCACGUUCCAACCUUGUCAGAUGAAGACCCACUUCCUGCUUCCCUUCCCCGUCAAUUACGUCGGCGCGUGUGUUCGAACUGUUCCCUUCACAGCAUCAGACCAUGCAAGCCUUCGUAUCCUGGCGCGCUUAAUGACAGCCAAAUUCUUGCACAUGGAAAUCAGAGAGAAAGGAGGAGCGUACGGAGGUGGCGCUCAGCUCGCCCAUAAUGGCAUCUUCAGCUUCUACUCCUAUAGGGAUCCAAAUUCGAUGGGUACUCUGGCUACUUUUGACAAAGCUGCCGAGUGGGCCAAGGCAGGCCAGUUCACUCAGCAAGACAUUGACGAAGCCAAGCUGGCUGUGUUUGCAGCCGUGGACGCCCCCGUUGCUCCAUCUGACAAAGGGAUGAGUAACUUCUUGUACGGAAUCUCUGAUGAGAUGAAGCAGAGGCACAGGGAGCAUCUUUUCACAGUCUCCAAGGAUAGCCUGAUGGAUGCAGCCAACAAAUACCUCGCCGCUGGGAAGAGCACAAGAGGGCUUGCUAUUCUUGGACCAGAUAACCCCGACACUGCCAAAGACCCUUCAUGGGUUAUACGAUAAUGCCUGCUGUUGGCUUAGAUGAAAUCAAACACGCCAAUUCAUGUGGCAGACACCAAAAUGACUUUGAAACCUGCUCCUGUAUCAAAGUGCUAUCGGGACGAGAAGCCGUUUGCACUGUGUCAUCUGAAAGAUAUAACCUGAUCUAGUGUUUUUUUUUACUGAAGGAAGAUUUCACCCUAGUGAAAGCCCCCAGUGGCUUUUUUCCAAGAUGAAGCUCUAUGGCCCAACUAAGUCCAACUGGAGCCAUAAUUAGUCCUGACAACUGCUCAUAAUUUUAGCUAAAAUGUGCAGAAUACUUUAGAGGUAUGCAAAUAGUAUUUUGUCAAAGCACAGAAUUAGUUUUCAGGUGGUUUGCCUUAAAUCAUGUCCAUAAAAUAAAACAUCAUGUUUUUAAAGAUAGCUACUUGAUUGACUUUAACGUUCCUCUGUACUCGAAUAUUUUGUGUCUCAACUUCGUGCCAAUAAAUAUG